AUGCCUCUCGUCAACACCACCGAAGUCAACGAGGACACUCGUGUCCUCGGAUAUGACCCUUUGUUGUCGCCCUACUUCUUGCAGAAUGAGAUCCCCGCGCCCGCUCGUGCCACCGAGGCCGUUCGUUCCGGUCGUAACCAGGCUGUCGAGAUCAUUGAGCAGCGCGAUGACCGCCUCCUCGUUGUCGUGGGCCCCUGCUCCAUCCACGACCCGGACACCGCGCUCGAGUACGCCCGUCGCCUGAAGGAAUUGUCCACAAAGCUCGAGAAGGACAUCUGCGUGAUCAUGCGCGCCUACCUCGAGAAGCCCCGCACAACCGUCGGCUGGAAGGGUCUGAUCAACGACCCGGACAUCGACGAGACCUACAACAUCAACAAGGGUCUCCGUGUCUCCCGUAAGCUGUACACCGAUCUCACCAGCACCGGUCUCCCCAUUGCCUCCGAGAUGCUCGACACCAUCUCCCCGCAGUACCUGGCCGAUCUGAUCUCCCUGGGUGCCAUUGGCGCUCGCACCACCGAGUCCCAGCUCCACCGUGAGCUGGCCUCCGGUCUCUCCUUCCCCAUUGGAUAUAAGAACGGCACCGACGGCAACCUCACCGUGGCUGUCGAUGCCAUUGGCGCCGCCUCACACCCCCACCGCUUCCUCGGUGUCACCAAGCAGGGUCUGGCCGCCAUCACCAAGACCGCCGGUAACGAGCACGGAUUCGUCAUCCUCCGCGGUGGCAGCAAGGGUACCAACUAUGACCGCGCCAGCAUCAAGGCGGCCCGCGAGGCUCUCCGCGCCAAGAAGCAGCGCGAGAUCGUCAUGGUCGACUGCUCCCACGGUAACUCCAACAAGAACCACCUCAACCAGCCUCUUGUCGCCAAGGAGGUCUCUGACCAGCUGCGUGAGGGCGAGACCGGUAUCAUCGGUGUCAUGAUCGAGUCCAACAUCUACGAGGGUAACCAGAAGGUUCCCCCCGAGGGAGCUGAGGCUCUUCUCCGCGGUGUCAGCAUCACUGAUGCCUGUAUCAACUGGGAGAUGACAGUCGACGUUCUCGAGGAUCUGGCCGCGGGUGUUCGUGCUCGUCGUGAGAUCCUGAAGUCCCAGACCAACGGUCACUAA